AGAAUAAUUAGAAAAAUUCUUUAUUGAACACGUGUGCCGUUUGUAAAUUUUGGAUUAUUGUUUUUAUUUUUCUCAAGAAUUUCAAGAAAGAUACAAAAUUAAGUAAAUAAACAAUGGAUGAUUUUAAACAACUUGGUCUUAGUAAUUGGCUUUGUAAGGCCUUAAAAUCAUUGGGAAUAACUGGUCCAUCAAAUAUUCAACGUGAAGCAAUACCUAUAAUUUUAUCAUCAAAACGACCAAAUGUUUUUGCCUGUAGCCGUACUGGUAGCGGUAAAACAUUGGCAUUUGUAUUGCCAAUUAUCGAAACAUUAGUCCGUGAUCCUCGACCAUAUUAUUCAUUAAUUUUAUCACCUACACGUGAAUUAGCUAAUCAAAUAUAUCAGAUGAUCAAAGCAUUAACUGUGAAUACAUUUUCCGUGAAAACCUUAUUAAUUAUUGGUGGUCAAAAUCAUGAAGAAGCUCAAGGGCUUUGGUUUGGAAAGCCAAAUAUUGUUGUUGCCACACCAGGCCGUUUAUUAGAUCAUUUAACAAAUCGUAAUUUUUUAGAUAUUUGUGGAAACAUUUCGAUGAUUAAAUUUGAUAUGCUCAUAUUGGAUGAAGCCGAUCAAUUGAUUAGUCCUGGGUUUUGUCACCAAUUAAAAGAUAUAUUAAAAUUUUUUGACAAUAUUGCCGAAGAAACAAAGCAUCGACGUCAAACAUUAUUGUUCAGUGCAACAUUGACUCAUGCAUUGGAAAAAUUGCAAGAAAUUAUAACCAAAAAAGAUAAUGAUGUAAAACCAGUUAUCAUUAAUCAAUUGCCUACAAUAGAUGAAGUUAAAACAGAAUUGGCAACAAAUUCUAGCCUAGAUCAACGUUAUCUUUUAUGUCCAGAAGCGAUUAAAGUCGUAUAUCUUGUCGAAUGUAUUCUCGAUAUAAAAUUCAAACAAUUGAUUAUAUUUUGUCAGACUAAAAAAGAAGCCAAUCUCAUUCAUAAAGUAUUACUUUCACUUGGAUUCGAUGGUCCUGAAUUUAAUUUGAAUCCUGUAUUAUUGAAUUCAAAUUUGAAACAACAUCUUCGAUUUGCUGCGUUAGAAACAUUUCGUUCGUUAAAAUCGAAAAUAUUAGUAACAACCGAUAUAGCUAAUCGUGGUCUUGAUUUACCUCAAGUUGAUUUAGUAAUCAAUUUUAAUUGUCCAAAAUCUCCAAUCGUUUAUAUUCAUCGUGUUGGUCGAACAUGUCGUAAACCAGAUUUCAGAUAUGAGCAACCGAUCAUUCUACAAACAGAUGAUGAUGAUGAUGAUGACAAUAAUGAAGAUGAUAAUGAUGAUGAACAAAACCGUAAACGUAAAAUAUACAACAAAAAAAAUCCAAAUUCUUUAAAGCCAAGAAAACAGAAAAUGUCCAAAUGUCAGACAUCGAUCUAUUUGGGUAAAUCAAUUACCUUGAUAACACAAUAUGAUUUAGAAUUAUUCAAAGCAAUUGAAUCAUAUAUCGGUAUUAAAAUGGAAGCACAAGAAGUGGAUGAAAAAAAUGUUACACAAAUUAUUAAACAAACAGCUAUAGCAAUAAAAGAGGCAGAAAUACGUAUCGACCAAGAAGAACAAGAAUCGAAUCGUUAUCCAAAUAUCAAACAGAAUAAAUCAAUGAACAAACGCCAAAAAUUGAAAUAGAUUAUGAAUCUGAUAUAUUUAUUUUAUUUGUUUUUUUCUGUUAUAUACUGUA